CCUCGCAGUCCAAGUGUACUGUUGUAUUUAUAUCUGCCAACAUCCAUCUUGUUUGAAUAUUUACCUCUGAUCAGCCCUGUGUGUGCCUGCUAUCUUGUCCUAAAAUUGUUCGAUUAAUAAAGUUUUCAAAGUAGGCGGAAAACUAUAGGGGAAAUAAUGUCAAGGUGUCUCCAAAUUUCUUCGAUUGUCCUCGCUUUAGCAGCGAUGAUAUUUGUCAUCGUGUCGUUUGUCACUACAUCCUGGAUGACGGCUUGCAUGGAUGCAAAGCAUAUACUGGCAAUGGCGGCGGCAAUUGUUCAGAUUCCUGAUUCCGCCAAAGCAAUGUUUAACGGAAAAAUAUGCUUCGACACCGGACUUUUUAAAGUAUCAUACUCUUUCAUGAACAUGCACUCAGCUGUUGAUCUGCCAGCCAACUCUAUGGACGCUUUUCUGAAAAUUACAAUCGGGCUUUUCAGCUUUUCGCUUCUACUGCUCUUGGUUGGGGGCAUACUCAUAAUUCUUGCUGUUUGUUCCGUUUCAAUGAGCAGCCAACGUAAGGCGAUCGCCCGAAUGUACAAUGGAAUUGGAGCCGUGGUUUUGUUUUUCGGGGCAAUCUUUAUCCUUGCUGGAGCCUUGGCUUACACGGUCCCACAAAGCCAGUUGGUUCACCAACCACUGCCUUGGAUGGCACAACUUGGAAAAACCUUUACUAAAAUAAUGCCGGGAAGUUUGUUUCCUGCGGGUGGAUCAAUUCCUUCAAUGGGUAGUGAUGGUUCAUCUUUUCCUGGUUUUAAUACCGAUGGUACAGGUAGUUAUGACCCAUCUACUUUGUCCGGUUUUGGUGGUAAUGGUACAAACAAUUUUGAUCCCUCAUCCUUACCAGGUUUCGGUGGUGAUGGUACAAACAAUUUUGAUCCCUUAUCCUUACCAGGUUUAGGUGGUAAUGGUACAAAUAAUUUUGAUCCAUCAUCUUUGCCUGGUUUUAAUGCUGGUACAAAUGGUGACAAUCCCUCAUCUUUGCCUGGUCCUAAUAACGAUGGCACAAACAAUUUUGAUCCCUCAUCUUUGCCUAGUUUUGUUGGAGGUGGUACUAAUGGUUUUGAUCCAUCAUCUUUGCCUGACUUGGGAAGCAAUGUUCCACAUGAAGAUUCCUCAUCUGUACUUUCUGAAUCAGUAAGCCCUAAUGAAAACAGUAGGGGUUCUUCUAUAGUUCCUGGGUUCGGUGUUUUGGAUGGCAAUGCUACAUCUUCCAUGACUCAAUCUCUAAUGCAAACUUUUGGCCACAUGGAUCCUGUAUUCGGAUAUUCCAUGUACUUCAGUUAUGUAGCUUUUAUUUUUACUGUGCUUGCUGCCAUUAUGGCUGCUGUUGUGUCGUGCCGUGGUAGUGUAGAGUACCCAGAUACUGUACCACUUGACAGCAACAUUGGAAGAAUAUAAGAGAUUGCAACUAACUUUGUAGUACUGUAUAAAAAAUAAGUGGAACCCUACUUGAAACCAUGACAACCAGAGUAAAGUGUUGAAUAAAUGCCUUUAUUGCUUGUAGCUCUGUGCCUCAAGUAUUUACUUAUCCUUAUUAGGUUAAUCCAUUGCAUGUUUUAUUAACUCAUUGUAUACGUGUCAUAGUGUAUUUUUAUUGCCUUUGAAAUAUGCUUUAAGAUAUACUUCAUCUCAUUUACGUUCACACAUACUUGUAAUACAUUUCAUUAUUCAUGAUAAA